AUGUACAAUAUUCGAGACAUGUGGAUUCCAGCAUUUUUCCAUCAUUUUCCAUUAUCAUGUCUUAUGAAGACAACGUCUAGAUCAGAAUCUUCAAAUGCUUUCUUUCGGUUGUUUUCACAUAAAAGCCACACAUUGGUUCAGUUUAUGUUGUGCUUUGAGACUGCUAUGGAGAAGCAGAGGCAUGCCCAACGUGUUCUAAAUGAUCACACAGCUACAACACAACCUAAAUUGUUAACUCCCUUACCCAUUGAGGAGCAUGCAGCGGAAGUAUACACGAGGACCAUGUUUUUCAAGGUUCAACAAGAAAUUUACAAAGGUUUAGUAUAUUGUUCAUUUGAUAAUGUUUCUUCGGAUAACAUUUCUCAAACCUACAUGGUUACCAUCAGCCAUCAAGAGAAAACUAUAAGUUGCAAGUGCAACCUGUUUGGUCGUAGUGGGUACCUAUGUAGACAUAUAUUUUGUGUCUUCAAAGCAAAGAACAUCGUCAAAAUACCUGAUGAAUUCAUCACCAAACGUUGGAGAAAAGACAUAUUGCCUCAUCACUUGUUAGAAAGUCGUCAUAGAUAUGGUUACAAGAACACCGAAUCGGAGAAGCAAAGCAAUGAGGCAAUGGCAAAUUUGGAACUAUGCCUUAGUAGAUUAAGGAAUGAUCCUCAAGAUUUAUCUGAUUUUGUGCAACUGAUCAACAAGCUAACCCACGAUAAGUUGUCACAACUGCCAAAACCAGAUCCCAAAAACGAAAAAGAAGAAACUUACAAGAGGUUGCUCGGUGUAACAAUACCCGAAAAAGUUAAGAUUCGUCCGCCAAGGGGUAUCAACAACAAGGGCUCAGGCACCCAUACUGGUAAGAGGUUGAAAAAUCCUCGUGAGGCGCAGGUGAACAAAAAGAGACGUACUGUACGACAAUGCAAAUGGUGUUUAAAAUAUCAAGAUGAUCAUGACCAACGAAAAUGCCUAGACAAACUUGCCAAGGAACAGGCUGAGAAAGAGGCAGCAGCAAAGGCCAAAAAGGUUGGUAGCACAAGUUCACAUCAUCUGGAUACAAGUGCUUAG